GAACCACACCCCUCCCUGUCUUUCUACAGACGCCCGAAGGCAUUCCCAUUAAGCGGGACCCCCUCUCUUCUCAAAACCACUUUGGCAUCUUGCCCUUGUCUUGGAACAUCCCCGAGCUGGUCAACAUGGGGCAGUGGAAGAUAAAAGCCCACUAUGAAGAUUCGCCACAGCAGGUCUUCUCGGCUGAGUUUGAGGUGAAGGAAUAUGUGCUGCCUAGUUUUGAGGUCCAAGUGGAGCCUGCAGAGAAAUUCUACUACAUUGAUGACCCUAAGGGCCUGGAGGUUACCAUCACAGCCAGGUUCUUGUAUGGGAAGAAUGUGGAAGGAACAGCCUUCGUCAUCUUUGGGGUCCAGGAUGGUGACCAGAGGAUUUCACUGUCCCAGUCACUCACCCGUGUUGUGAUCGAGGAUGGCACUGGAGAGGCUGUGCUGAACCGAGAGGUCCUGCUGAGUGCGGCCCCGCAGCCCCCGCGAGAAGAUGCCCUAGUGGGAAAGUCAUUGUAUGUGUCUGUCACCGUCAUCCUACACUCAGGUGAGGCCUGGGCCAAAAGUAGAGGCUCAGUUCCAUCAUGCAGUCCUGUCUGAGAGGGGAGGCCCAACUGAG